AUGGGUAACGGCAGGUCACGGGAAAAGAUUGACUUCAACUCUGAAGUUAACUUCACGCAUUUCAAAUUGCUGCGGUCCGUUGGUAAAGGUGCUUUUGGUAAAGUAUGCAUCGUGCUAAAGCGGGAUACGAAGCAAUUGUACGCUAUGAAAUAUAUGAACAAGGAUAAAUGUAUCCAGGAAAAAGCGGUGAAAAAUGUGCUGAACGAAAGGAAAAUAUUAGAAUUAUUACAUCAUCCCCUAUUGGUCAACAUCUGGUUCUCAUUCCAAGACGAAGAAGACAUGUUCAUGGUAGUGGAUCUCAUGCUGGGAGGGGACCUCCGAUACCACUUACAAAACAACGGUCCCCUGUCGGAGACCCGAGUACGACUAUAUAUGGCUGAGUUAUCCAAUGCCCUGUGCUACAUCCAUUCCAAGGGGGUGUUGCACCGCGAUAUCAAACCUGACAAUAUACUCAUGGAUGCCGAGGGCCAUGUGGCGCUGGCCGAUUUCAAUGUGGCGACGUUCAUCCCCACCAAUGGAAGGCUCGUCUCCAGAGCGGGCACGCGCCCGUACAUGUCGCCGGAGAUGGUGAAGAAAGAAGGCUACGACACCGGCACAGACUGGUGGUCGCUAGGGGUGACCAUGUACGAGUUUAUAACCAACGAGUCGCCAUUCAGGGGCCAGACCAGUGAGGAGGCCAUGGAUCUGAUCUGCAACAAGCAGCUAGUAUACCCCAAGUUCACGGAUCCGAAUAUCAAGGAUUUCCUGAAGGGGCUGUUAAAUAGGAACCCGGCCAUGAGGUUGGGGUCGCCUGGGCGUCUGAAUGAUCUCAAGGAGCACCCGUUCCUCACGGCUACUGGGGUCUUAUUCGAUGACUUUUCGCAGAAAACGCUGAAUCACGAGUUUAUUCCGGACAAGCACAAAAUCAACUGCGAUGCCAUGUACGAACUAGAAGAGAUGAUCUUAGAGGAGAACCCUUUGCACAAGAAAAAACAGCGACUCAAAAAGAGCAAAAACUCCGUAGUCCAGAGCGACGAGUUCAAUAAGCCCGUCCCUGGUAGCCCUGCCGACCAAAAACUUCAGCUCAUGACGAGCUACACAGUGUUCAACCGAGAGAAGAUGAAUAAGUUAGACUCCAUGCAAAACCUGUCCACCCAAGAUCACGAGUAA